AUGGGCUCUGCGCAUCCGGAGGCUUACGGGUAUGUACCAGAUCCCUCAGCACGAAAACCUCUAACGUCCAGCGAGUACUCACUAAACAAACCACAAUCUUCGUUUUAUGGCGAGGAAUCAGAGUCACGCGGGCCAGACUUCAGCAUCCCCCCGUUACCUUCUCUAGAGAAUGAAAAAACAAAUGAGAUCGCGGAGAACAGUAACGACACAACGACAGAAGCACAACCUUCGGAACCUGAGGAACCAGAGCUUCAGGAGGAACCAACAGACGAAAUUUUGGGUAGAAUAGAUCAGGAUCCUUAUGAAGCUCAGCUUCGUGCCCUGAACGCAAUCGAGGCAUGUCGUCUGGAGCAGACUGCACUUUUACAAAGCCUCUUUGAUACAGAACAAGGAGGUAAUCAGACUGAAGGACAAGGUAUGAACAAAACGGAUCGAGUCUUGGUUCCAGGCAGCCUUCUAGAUUGCGUUCACAAGUCCGUUCAACAGCGGUGUCGCUCAAGUGCUGGAACAAGCAGUCUUACAGGUCGCUACGCUUGUGAAGCCGUCUGCGCUAUCGUGCGUGAACGCAUGCCACAGUUAGCGGGCAAAAUUGAUGAUUGUAGACAACCACUCACCUCCUGUACAGAAAGGUUCGUGGCGUUCCAGGUGGCGCCGCGCUGGAUUGACCCGGCGUACGCAAGUUCCGCUGAUUCAGAGUCGGAUCAAAUAAAGGCAAACCAAAACAGUCCACCGAAAGAUUACGUAGCAACCGAAAUAUUCAAUCAUCUCAUUCACUUGUCUCAUUCAUCUUUCAGACGCUGGCAUUUGAAACCAAUCCGAGGAACAAAUCUUUUCUUCCUUGUCGACUAUGCCAUUUCCGGAGCGAGUUCGUUGUCGUGUAAAUGCAACUGCAAGAAAAGAUUUUGGUAUGGAGCACAAAUUAAAAAUAUCCUUUUUACGGUAACAAUCAGACGAGGUUACCGCGUUUUCCGAUAA